AAGGCUCUCUCUCUUAUGAAAAAAAUGUGGAGUAAAAUUGUAUUCUUGAAACUUCAAUAUCUAGGCAGUGGGCACCGAACUAUCAGAUCCUGGAUUGUCUUGCACUGAUAUAGAUGGUGACUCAACACAAUAUGCCAUACAGAUUAAUGAUCAUUAUGACUACUUUAGUAUUGACAGUAACAAUGGUCAUAUCUCGUUGGCAAAAGUAUGGGACUUGGAGGAUUCAAGCACAGAAUUACCUUCAUCGACAUCUCUGAUAAUAAGUUGUACGGAUCCUGGCGGUCUUAGUUCAACAACAGCGAUAACAGUGAACGUAGAAGAUGUCAACGAUCACGCACCUGUUCUUUUAAUUGAUGCAGGUUUCAGUCAACCUAUUGCGAUAAACCCUUCAACACAUUUGUAUACCGACCUUUUGACGUUUAGCGCAAGCGAUUUAGACCGAAAUGAUGACAACGAUUUUGAAUUUGAGAUCAUGGGUGAAGGUGUUGGGGCUGAAUAUUUUAGAAUGGUCAAAUCUGGUACUUCAACAGCAAAACUAAGACUGAAGAAAGCGCCUGACUUUACAAAUGAUAAAAUGUUUUCAAUAACAAUUAAAGUAUCCGACGGGGAAACAUUGCCAUUAUUUGAUGGUGAAACUAUCUCUGUGAAUUUCACUGCUGGAGAUCCUGACGCUAAUAAAUCGAAACCAAAAGCAAAAUGUGUGACCUGUACAAGUAAUGGCAGGGCAUUAUUAGCUGUACUCAUCAUUGAGGGCGUUGUCAUCGGACUGUUUGUUUUGCAUAUUAUUUACAAUUUUUGCAGUUCAAAAGGCGAUAUUGUCCGACUGAGAGGCCCUAAUAUGAAUACCCCGAGUAAUAAACGAUUCCCUCGAUCGUCAGUAACAGCGAGAGGCAAUGGACUGUCUGGGAAACAUGUAAGUUCAGCCAUUACAGUGAGAGACAUAGAAAUGAAGCAAGUAAGCCAGAGGAAUAAUGAAAGGAGAAAGCGAAAUGACUCCAGCAACAGUGAAUCAAGCAGUUCGUCAUCUGACAGUGACGAUAACCGGGUUAGACCGUUAGAUAUCAGGCAAGGAAAUGGUUAUAGCAGAAUUAAGCUACCCCACUCUGGUUCUGCAAUGAAACCAGUGACUUCCGGGCUUCCACUACCUAUGUAUACAUUUAGUGUUGGUGCUGUCAACAAUACUUCUGAUGGAGCACUCGCACCUGGGUUUGUUGUAUAGAAGUGUUGGUUUACAAGUGUUAGCGCUGUUCAAUACCUGAAAACUGAGUUUUUUGAAGGGAUAUAAUAACCCAGAAAACGAUGGAGUGAAUAAUUGUCGGAGCGAUGAUUCUUUACAAUCAUUACACUUUCAUUUUAUUUGUAUGUGAUGUAAAUUGUAAAGCUUAUCUAUCUAUCUAUCUAUCUAUCUAUCUACCUAUCUAUCUACCUACCUACCUACCUGUAUCCUUUUCUUAAAUUCACAAUUAUAUUGUUCAUGCCAUAUUUUCUAUUCGUUUGUUCAUGUGUUCGUUCGUUUAUAUUCAUUUUUUAAGGAAUACUGCUUUCAUUUCUUUCAUUCAAACCAACACCAAAAGUUAUAGAUAUUGAGUAUAAACAUUUCAGACAUAAAAUUAAGUAAAGAAAAGCAUCGUUGCCAUUGAAUGCAACACUUUAUCUGAUAAAUCUAAAAAAAAAUAUGAAGAAAAAUGCUCAUAUUUUGUAUUUGACAUUUUUUUCUUGAAGAAGCAUUAACAGUUUUAUGUUAGACUUGGUGUAGACCGAUAGAUUGUGUGCAACAUUUCAAGUCAUUGUUCACUCCAUUUUUCAAAAUAUUUAAUUAAAUGUAAUUGUGAAAA